UCUUAUGUCUGUCUGUCAGUCGUCGUGUGCGCAUCUCAAGUGCAUUGAAUCAAUAAUAUUUCGGCAAUUCUGCAUGUGAUUGUGUGGAUAAAUUUAUUUUGUGGGAAUUUUUUAAAUUUGGAUAAAAAAUGGAACCGCUUUUAGUAGAUGUGGUUUAUUUUUAUCCCAGGGAUAAUGCAGAAUCUCACCACACUACUAAGUAUGAAGUCCUCAGUGGUAAGGAACCCAAAACAACAGUCCUUCGUCGAGGUCAGCCCUUCAAUGGAGUUGUUCGCUUUACCAAGCCCUUUGAUGAAGACAUGGACCUGGUGCAGCUCGUAUUCACUUUAGGUGACAAGCCUCAGUAUGAGACCACGGGAUCCAUGUUCAUCAGACGGAAUGUGGCACCAAACAAGCAGACAUGGAGCGCGAAGCUGGUAGCCGUUCAACAGCAGAAUAAAGACGUGUCGUUUGAGGUCUCCAGUCCCGUAACCUUGCCCAUUGGACGCUGGUCCCUGCGCGUGGUCACCAGACGAAAGGGAGGCGAUGACAGAAGAGUCUACAACUUUGAUCAGGAUAUCUACUUUCUGUAUAAUCCAUGGAAUGUUGAUGACCAGACCUACAUGGAAGACAGCAAGCUGCUUCAAGAGUAUGUGCUCAAUGACGUAGGCAAGUUAUGGGUGGGGCCUGUCAAGUCUACCCUAGGCAAACCCUGGGUCUACGGGCAGUUUGAUGCGGUUGUCCUGCCAGCGUGCAUGUUCAUGUUGGAACGAGCUGGUCUUCCUCACCACCAACGUGGAGAUCCAAUAAAAAUGUCCCGCGCUAUCUCCCGCAUCGUAAACUCCAAUGAUGAUGGCGGAGUGUUGGUGGGUCGCUGGGACGGCCAUUACGAACAUGGGACAACCCCGUCCGAGUGGACAGGAUCUGUGGACAUCCUCCAGCAGUACCUGAAGACGCAGAAAGUGGUUCGAUACGGCCAGUGCUGGAUCUUCGCUGGCGUUGUCACUACUGUAUGUCGCGCUCUCGGCCUCCCAUGUCGGUCAGUCUCCAACAUAGUGUCAGCACACGACGCCAACCGGACUCUCACCGUGGACAAGUACUACACGGAAACCAUGGAGGAACUACACUACGACCCUAACAACCCCGAUGGUCCUGAUUCCAUCUGGAACUACCAUGUGUGGAAUGAUGUCUGGAUGGCGAGACCUGACUUGCCAGAAGGCUUUGGAGGCUGGCAAGCAAUUGACGCAACUCCUCAAGAAAUCUCAUCAGGGAUGUUUCAAUGCGGUCCAGCAUCUCUUAAGGCCAUUAAGCAAGGAAACAUUGGCUUAGGAUACGAUGUGGAAUUCAUGUUGUCUUCUGUCAACGCUGACUUGAUGCGGUGGCGGACAGACCCUGAUGCAGAGAACGGGUUCGCUCUAGUGGAGACUGAUAACUACCAAAUUGGCCGAAUGAUCCUGACCAAAAAACCCUACGUCUUCGAUCCCAAAGGAGACGCGGAUCGGGAUAUUAUUACAGACCAGUAUAAGUUCCCAGAAGGCACAAGGUCCGAGAGAAUGGCUCUCAUGAAAGGAGUCAACUCUUCAGAGAGGGCAAAGAGAUAUUAUUCUGCGAUUAAGAAUUUGAAAAAUGACGUCACGUUCAAACUUCAUGAUCUGGAGACCGUCCCAGUCGGAGAACAAUUCAGAGUUACUGUCGAUAUCAAGAACAACUCCAAUGAGUUCCGAAACAUAACAGCGUCGUUGUCAGCAGCCAGCGUGUUCUACAGUGGAAAACGGGCCGGUCUCAUCAGAAAGGUUGAGGAUAUCAUAAAAAUAGCACCUGGGGACAGCGAAAAGAUAAGCAUCCUUGUGAAAGGUGAGGAGUACCUGCCUAAACUGGUGGAAUACUGCAACAUGAAAAUAUCAGCGGUGGCCUUUGUUCAGGAGACCAAGCAGUCGUGGGCUGAUGAUGAUGACUUCCAGGUUCUCAUGCCUCGUAUUAACAUCAAGUUAAACGAAGACCUGAUCCUGGACCAGCCAGCCACCGCAGUGCUCUCAUUCGUCAAUCCCCUGGCCUCUACCCUCACCGAUUGCGAGUUCAUUGUGACGUCAUCCGGUAUCGCGGGCCGUACGCUGCGGCGGCCGUUGCCUGAUGUUAAGCCGAAAGCAGUUGUCUCAAUGAAGAUGCAAAUGCAGCCAAACAAAACUGGCAGCAUUACCAUCGUUGCCGCUUUGAAGUCAGACAAAUUGAAGGACAUCACCGGAGCAGCCACGGCAGAGGUCUUUGAAGGCUAAACCAUCAAUAGUUACUGAUGAUAAUAUAUUAUUGUAAAAUAUUAAUAUACCUACUUUGGAAGACAGGGAAUAUGAUAACCUCAAGAAAAGAGCAAGUAAACAAAACAUCUUUUAUGAUGAUGAUCUUUGUAAUAGUAAUUCCUAGUGGCUUAGAAUUAAUGCUUACCUAUGCUGCAGGCAAACCCUAGCAAUAAUAAAAUGUGUCCGGUUUCAAAUCCAUAUUAUGUACUACUACUAUUAUUAUAAAUGUGAAAGUGUGAUUGUUUGUCAGUUUUGGAUUAAUACGAUACAAGGUGAAUUUCACUCACUUACACCCGCGCAAGCGACACACGUCGCGCGCUCCGGAAAAUUUGAAAUUCGAUUGACGACGGUUGAAAACUCAAUUGCCGUCCCAUCUUGGGGGCUGUCAUUUCGGCCAGACAUUCUUUUAGAGUGGUCCUCGUUCCCGCACUAACCAUGUGAAUCCAAAUAUAAUUUAGCAAAUAGACUACGUAGAUUUUAAAAAAAUAUGGGUUGAUAGACAAUAGGUAUAUGUAUAAAUGUUGAACAAUAUUAUUAGAAUUGUUUAAUUA